AUGUUGCAAGACAAAGCGAACGUAGUACGGGCAAUAGAUUAUGAGAAUGUGACAUCAUUCGAAGAGCCAUACGUUAGUUAUAUAGAAGAUUUAUGGAACGAUUCCGGUAUCCAGGAGUGCUACGAUCGACGAAGGGAGUACCAGUUGACCGAUUCUGCCAAAUACUAUCUCUCCGAUUUGAGGAGGCUAGCAGCACCCGAUUACUUGCCUACAGAGCAGGACAUUCUUCGUGUUCGUGUUCCCACUACCGGUAUCAUCGAAUAUCCCUUCGAUUUGGAGCAAAUCAUUUUCAGAAUGGUGGAUGUGGGAGGUCAGAGGUCGGAGCGGCGAAAAUGGAUUCAUUGCUUUGAAAAUGUCACAUCAAUCAUGUUUCUAGUUGCUCUUUCCGAAUAUGAUCAGGUGCUUGUCGAAUGCGAUAAUGAAGUAAGUCUUUGUUGUUGA